AUCUUGGUUGAGUAUUUUUUGUUUUCAAAAAGCCAUCAUUAUUCUAAACACAUUUUAAGAAAUAAUUUAAACAAAUUUAUCAUCGAUGAUUAGUCGGAGUCGCAGUACUGAACUCAACCGCCCGGCAAACGCAGCCGGAAUUUUCCAUCGGCGCCGAAACAGUUAAAAUUCCGUUCAGGUUUUUAUUAUCAAUCAUCAUUACAAAAUUCUAAAUUUCCCCUUAAAUCAAAACCUAAUUUCUCAUUAAGCUCCUUCAACAAUCCCUUUAUCGAUCAUCAUUGUUAAAUUGUUUUGUAAGGUUCCUGAACUUUACUUCCUUCCACAAUGGCUAAUAAAUCUAAAGAAGAACCUAACACUGCUCCUAAACCUGAUACAUGGUACAAUCUCACAUUAGGACCUUCUUUCAAAGAUCAUUCCGCUAACAAAUACUGCACUCUCCGAUAUGAAUUUAAGCCGGCUUCAGUUGAUAAGACUAAGCCAGGAUUGCUACGCAAGACCAAAGAGAAUCGAGUUUCUGUGGAGUUUCAGAACAACCAAGUAGGAAAACCUAAGGUGACGUUUGAGGGAAAUAGCGAGGAAUACAAGGAAAACGAUGCUGUCUUGUUCUUUGAUGGUCGUACACUUCGAUUGGAGCGGCUUGAUAGAGCUGUAAAGCAACUGCGGCAUCUUCGAAUGCCUGGGGAGUCUUCAGCUGCUGCUUCAUCUGGACCAGCUUUGGAUCCUUGGUCACCCCCCGUUGGGAAGAACACAAAACCAUCACCUUUUGGCAGUGCCAGGAGCUCAAAUCAAGCUGUUGCAGUUGAAGUGGAACGUAUUGAUAUUGGUGAACCUGAAAAUACUGGCAUCAAGUUUGAUUCUAAGAGGUCAUAUGAUCAACUAAAUGAACGACCACCUGUUUCUGCUAUCUCACCAGCUGCCAUAGAUGAUGUUGGGGAACAUCGAGAUGUAGACAUUGAUGACCUUUUUGGAAGUGGAACACCUGAGAAUGACAAUAAUGUUGAAGAAAAGGAUAAUGUUGGAUUUGACAUGAAUGUUCCAAUCAUUGAUGAUGAGAUAGCUGAUGUAGAUGAUAGUGGUGAUGAGGUCGACAAAGGACCCAAUGCUGCUGAGGCUCUCAGAGCCCAGGUGAAUGCAGAGGGGAAGAAGGGUGAACAAACAUCUUCUUCUAGCAGUAGCAGUGACAGUGGAAGCAGCAGUGAUAGUGGUAGCGGGAGCAGUAGCAGCAGUGAUAGUGGAGGCAGCGAUGACGACUCAGUUACCUCAAUAUAAAAUUGCAUAACCAUGAUUUUUUUCUUUCUUUUCCUUUUAUCAUUUAUCGUUUUUAAUGCAAAUAAUCCAAUAUAUAGAAUAUAUUUAUUAAGCUCGGGUGACAUGAUAGAGAUAUCUUAUCUAUUUGUAAGUAUGAACCUGAAGUAUUCAAGAACUUGAGAUUUUUUUACA